AGCAGUUGGUCGAAGAAAAGAAUGCAGCAAGGGCGAGGAUGCUGCAACACCGCACGAGGGCGAACGAGGAACGAUACAGACAGGCACGGAACAGACAGAACACGGUUUUCCGGUCGAAAAAGCGCAACCAGGAAGACCAAGAUCGCGAAGCGAUGGAACAGCUGUACCGCGCAAAUGAUACACGGAAAUUCUAUGAGAAGGUGAACCGCUCACGUAGGGGCUACACGCCACAGGCCGAAAUGUGCAGAGAUACCAGUGGUAACCUUCUCACGAACGAACGUGAGGUGAUCGACAGGUGGAAGCAGUACUAUGACGAGCAUCUGAAUGGCGAAGCACAAGAUACAGAGAACGACACAGGAAUCAAUCUGGGUGCACGCUCAGCCGACGACAGAUUCCCAGCACCUGAUCAGUCGGAGAUAAGUGAGGAGAUCAGCAAUCUGAGGAACAAUAAAGCCGCGGGCUAAGACCAAUUACCAGGCGAGUUGCUCAAACAUGGACGACAGGCACUUUCUAGAGCGCUACACUGGUUGAUUUCUACGAUUUGGAAGGAGGAGAUUUUACCGCAGGAAUGGAUGGAAGGAGUGGUAUGUCUACAAGCUACUCUCCCAAAACCUUUGCCGUCGUCCAUCACCAAUAGCUAAGAAAUUCGUAGGGCCGUACCAAGUGGGAUUUACUGGAGCCCGCGCCACAACGGAUCACAUGUUCGCGAUACGACAAGUACUCCAGAAGUGUCGUGAAUACAACGUACCCACGCAUCACCUAUUC